UCUUGAACUCAGAGAUCUACCUGCCUCUGCCUCCCAAGUGCUGAGAUUAAAGGCGUGAGCCACCAGGCCUGGCUCAAAACAUUCUUUUUGAAUUUUAAAAAUAAAAAGGCCUGAGUGCUGAAAUCCCUUUGAAUGGCUUUCUAGUCAAUGGCAAGCUAGUGCCCAUGCUGUGCCUUUAAAGAUUUACAGUCAGUUUGAUUUAGAGAGCUGUUUGAGACUACUAAGUUUCAAAUAUAUAAUAAAAGCUAAAUAUUUUCAAAUAAAAAUACAUGUAAUAAGGAAAUGCAACUUAUGCAAAAUUCCAUUAGUGAUAGUAGAUGUUGAUACAGGGAUCCCAGGGAAUGGAGUCCUCUGAAUCCUAACAUUUUGUUAGAGAAUGCAGUGAGGAGUCAAUACGUAAGGUUCAGUGUUUUUGUUUUGGUUUGGUUUGGUUUGGUUUUGGUUUUUCGAGACAGGGUUUCUCUGUGUAGUUUUGGUGCCUGUCCUGUAUCUCACUGGACCAGGCUGGCCUCGAACUCACAGAGAUCCACCUGGCUCUGCCUCCCGAGUGCUGAGAGUAAAGGCGUGCGCCGCCGCCACCACCACCCGACAGGUUCAGUGCUUUUUAAGAACUCACUUAAGAGCAGCGUGUCUAUUAAGCAUAAGCUUGGUGAGCUGGGAAGAUGGCUCAGUUGGUUAAGUGUUUGCUGUACAGCACAAGGACCUGAGUUGGAAACCCCAGGAUCCAUGUAACAGGUACUCCAUGUUUCCCUAUCCUCUGAAGAGUUUGGGUCGAGACUGGACCUCACCGUGGGAGGAUCUGCAGAGGUAUUGCUGGAACAGACACAUUUCCAGUUGUCUGAGGUGGCCUGGACAUUACUCACGUUCGCCAUACCCAUACUUCAGUAGCAGGCAUUUCUCACUGAACUGUAGACCACCUCUGCUGUUUGAAUCUGGAACUCAGUUUCAGUACUGUAAUUGGAGACCUGACCAUCUAAGCAACACAUCCUUGAUCCGGCUCUCCAGUUACAUCAUGAACUCUGACAGAGAUGAACCCUCAUCCAAACGAAGAAAACACCAUGGAACAAUAAAAAGGAAUUGGGAGUAUUUAUGUAGCCAUAAUAAAGAAAAGAUGAAGGAUCUAGACGGCAGAGAUGUUGACUCCACGUGUGAGGACAAUGAAGAAAAGUUUGACUUUUCAGUGAUGUCUUACAAUAUACUCUCACAAGAUUUACUGGAGGAUAACUCGCACCUCUACAGACAUUGCCGACGUCCAGUGUUACACUGGAGUUUUCGGUUUCCCAAUAUUCUGAAGGAAAUCAAACAUUUUGACGCAGAUGUGCUCUGUCUGCAGGAAGUCCAAGAAGAUCACUAUGGAGCAGAAAUCAGGCCGAGUCUAGAGUCACUGGGCUAUCACUGUGAAUAUAAGAUGAAGACAGGAAGGAAACCUGAUGGCUGUGCCAUUUGCUUCAAACAUUCCAAAUUUUCACUCCUGUCAGUGAACCCAGUAGAGUUCUGCCGCCGUGAUAUUCCUCUGUUGGACAGAGACAACAUUGGAUUAGUUUUACUCUUGCAACCCAAAAUCCCACGUGCUGCCUCUCCCUCCCUCUGUGUAGCUAACACACAUCUGCUGUACAACCCACGGCGAGGUGAUAUAAAGCUGACCCAGCUGGCAAUGCUGCUAGCAGAGAUUUCCAGUGUGGCCCAUCGGAAAGACGGUAGCUUCUGUCCCAUCAUCAUGUGUGGUGACUUUAAUUCUGUUCCUGGUUCUCCACUCUAUAGUUUCAUAAAGGAAGGAAAAUUGAACUAUGAAGGACUUGCAAUUGGAAAGGUAUCUGGCCAGGAACAGUCUUCACGGGGACAGAGAAUUUUAUCUAUUCCAAUUUGGCCCCCAAACCUAGGCAUCUCACAGAACUGUGUGUAUGAGGCACAGCAGGUUCCCAGAGUAGAAAAGACAGAUAGCGAUCUGACACAAGCUCAGCUGGAGAAGACAGAGGUCCUAGUGUCAGCUGAAAAGGUGCCUUCACAUCUCCGGCACCACUUCAGCUUGUCAUCUGUUUAUUCUCACUACCUUCCUGACACUGGACUUCCAGAGGUGACCACCUGCCACUCCCAAAGCGCCAUAACUGUCGAUUACAUCUUCUACUCUGCAGAGAAGGAGGACGCCGCCCGCGGUCCAGGAGCUGAAGUGGCUUUAGUUGGUGGCUUGAAACUUCUGGCUAGACUGUCGCUUCUUACAGAACAAGACCUGUGGACUGUGAAUGGACUUCCCAAUGAACACAACUCUUCAGACCACCUGCCUCUACUGGCUAAGUUCAGGCUCGAACUCUGACUCCAUUGCUCAGUCACACAAUUUCCUGUCUUCUGAGAGGCUGUAAAGAUAGUCGUAACUGUUUGCAUGCUGUUCAUUUCUGUGCUUGGGGUUCUGAGUUUGCUCUAUGCUUGAAACAGGUUGGGAGAAACAAGUUUACAACAGUUUUUUUAAAUGAAAUUAUUUUCCUGACAACUGAUGUCUAACCACUUUACUGUAAAAAGAUAUAAAUAACUUCUGAGUCCUGGUAAAGUGAACAGCAUUUUGAAGUGUAGUUCAUCUCCUUGGCUCUCCAGACAUGAAUUCAGUGCUUUUCAGUCCAUCCAGUGGACCUACCAGGACUUGCAAAGCUCAGGUUGUUGCCUUUUCUGGAGGCCUAAUUUCAGUGGGAGAAGCCUGUGCUUGUUGAGAGCUAAUCAGUUCUUAGAAAUCACGGGGCCAUUCAUUCACAGGAGUACAAACAACCAUGUCAGCUUCUGAGAGGCUUGAUGACGCUCUUGAGUUGUACUAAUACACAGACCCACUUCACCGCCAUCCGGAGCUGGGGACAUGCCUGUACUUUGUUGAGGAAAUAGUUGAGAAAUGCAGGUCACUUUCAUAAGAGGGCAAAGCUCUUAGCCAGAUAAUGGUGGUACAUAUUUGUAACCUUAGCGUUUGGGAGGUGAAGGCAGAAUUAACCAGUUAAAGCCAGCUUUAGCAACAUAGCAAGUUUGAGGCCAGCCUGAGCUACAUGAAACCCUAUCUGUAAAACACAACAAAACCUGGGCGCUGGUGGUCCACGCUUUUAAUCCCAGCACUUGGCAGGCAAAUCUCUGAGUUCAAGGCCAGCCUGGUCUACAGAGUGAGUUCCAGGACAGCCAGGACUAUUACACAGAGAAACCCUGUCUCAAAAACUGAAAAGAGGUCAAAGUCCUUUAUGUAAGCCCACCCCUGUUCUGUAGAGGGGUUGCCCCCAGGAAAGCAGAUGAGCCAGGUGCAGCCAUGCACAUCCUUCAUGCCAGCAUCUAGGAGACAGGCAGGAGAAUCACUGCAUGUUCCAGGCUAGUCAGGGCUACACAGCAAGACCCUGUCUCAAAGACAGACAAAGCAGUGGCAGGCCCUGGCUUGUACCUCUGUCCCCCUGUUCUUCCUUUCUGUUUAGUGACAGUAGAAGGCCCUUGGGUCAGGAGUGACAUUUUGUUGAACCAAUUUUGUAUAAAUUUAAAAAAAACAGUCUUUGGAAGGAAGUGGCAGCCCUACAGCUGUUUGUCAUUCACCUCCAACGUGCAAAGCCAGAGCAUAGGAGGAGGCACAGCUUAGACUUGGACUGUUGGCUGCAGGGUUGUGCUUUCUGGUACAGUGGUGCAGCAGUGUGGCAUGCGCUCACACGGUCCGUGAUGCUCACCGCAGGUCUGCUAAGCCCUGUACACAUGUCGAGUGAAAGACUUACAUAGAGGUAGAAAUUCCCUCGGCUUUCUAAGGUGGUAGAGUCAGACUGCUGCUGCAUUUUUCCUAAGUCCUUACUGCGCAGUAAGUUACAGAUGUUUUCUACAGUGAGUUUUAUUAUAGAAUGCUUUAAAUUAAGACAAUAAGUCUUGGCAAUUUACAUUUUUAACUCAUUACAUUGUUAUUUUAGGUGUACUAGAUGAUUGCCUCAGAGGUGUACAGAUUGUGAAGACAUGGCCAGUGAGAUCUGUAGUAAACAAAGGGUCUUAACUUUGGUUUUCAUGGACAGUAUUAACCAUGGUACCAAGAUGCCCACAGUUUUCAGGGCUUUGUGGAGUGCUAAGGAUCCUGGUUAGUCUUUAUCAAAUUAGUGGUAAUUGUUCCUUUUUAAUAUUGGAGGGGGGUGAGUGGUAUUGGUAUAAACAUCACUGUUGGCAAACUAACAUUCCUGAAAACCUCUGUAAAAAGUUUUUAUAUCCUAAUGAAUAUAUUACGAGUUUAGCCCCAUUUCAUACACUUCUCUUUGAUAGUUAACCCAUAAAUUGCUGUUCAAUGUUAACCUGUGGCCACAGACACUUUUCACAAGCUUUUAGAGCUCCAAUAAAAAUUAUCUAUUUUCUUUACUGUUCUUGACAGAAGAUCUGGCAGCUCCUCUGGGCCUUGUGUUUAUCUGCCAAGCACAAUCUGAUCUGGCUGACUGCAGAAGUCAGAUCUCACAGUUUAUAAAGUGUGUAGUGUGUGUGUGUGUGUGUGUGUGUGUGUUUGUGUUUGUGUGUGUGUGUGUGUUAGACAUGUGUGUCUAGAGGCCAGAGGUGAGCCUUGGGUAUUGUUCCUCAGGAGCCAUCCACCUUUUAUUUUUAAGAUAGUCUCUCACUGGCCUGCAACAUGCCAAAGUAGGGUAAACUGGCCAGCCAGCAAGGCUGAGACCCUCCUGUCUCUGCCUCCCUCAUGUGGGAUUACAUGUGGAUCCCUGGCUUCCUUGUGGGUCCUGAGACUCACACUCAGGUCCUCCUCUAACUGAGCCGUCUUCCCAGCCUCCUGCUGGCCAAGUCUUAUAUGCAAAGGGAAACUGUAAAGUGAUGAUAGUCUAGUUUUAGUGCACCUUUUGCCAUCAAGACAGUAAGCAUGCUCAAAAUCUUGUCUUUCAGGAUUUAGCAUCUGCUAGCUUUUAAGCUUUUGUUUUUUUAAAAAAAAUGAGUUCUUUUACUUUGUCCCUGUAAGCUGUAAUAAAGUAUUAUAUUUGCA